UUGCCGGAAGAAGUGGCGAAGUUACUUUUGAGGGGGACUCGAGUGGCGGCGGCGUGUCAGGCAGUACGGAAGCAGAGGAGGAAGGGGAGCCGAGGAGGGCCGCGGACGCAGCUCGCGCAUCCCCCUCGGCUGUUCCCACGGCAACGCGAGGAGACCCCUCCCUCCCUCCGCGAGAGGACGCGAGACCCCCGCGCAGCCAUGAGCCCCGCCCCCCACGGGCCGUCGGAGAGGGGCGGGGCCUGGAGCGAGGCUGCUCCGUGACCCCACCAUGUCUUCCCCCACCACGAGUUCCCUGGACACCUCCCAGCCCGGAAAUGGCCCUGCCCAGCCCAGCACCUCCUCCUGCUCCUCUUCGCCCGCCGUAAAGGAAGAGGGUCCUGAGGGCCAGGAGCCCGGUGUUCCGGGCACAGAUGAGGCGGCCUCAGCCUGCGUUGUGGUCACCCUGGAUCCGGAGGAGGAGCCGGAACGCAAGCGCAAGAAGGGCCCAGCCCCUAAGAUGCUGGGCCACGAGCUUUGCCGCGUGUGCGGGGACAAGGCCUCUGGCUUCCAUUACAACGUGCUGAGCUGCGAGGGCUGCAAGGGCUUCUUCCGGCGCAGUGUGGUCCACGGCGGGGCUGGGCGCUAUGCCUGCCGCGGCGGCGGCACCUGCCAGAUGGACGCCUUCAUGAGGCGCAAGUGUCAGCUGUGCCGACUGCGCAAGUGCAAGGAGGCCGGGAUGCGGGAGCAGUGCGUCCUCUCAGAGGAGCAGAUCCGCAAGAAGAAGAUCCGGAAGCAGCAACAGCAGCAGCAGCCGGCACCCACGGAGCCUGGGAGCAGCUCGGGCGCUGCACCGGGGGCGUCCCCUGGGGGUCCUGAGGCCGGUGGCCAGGGCCUGGCAGAGGCCGAGGGCGUCCAGCUCACAGCGGCCCAGGAGCUCAUGAUCCAACAGCUGGUGGCGGCCCAGCUGCAGUGCAACAAGCGUUCCUUCUCGGACCAGCCUAAAGUCACGCCCUGGCCCCUGGGCGCUGACCCACAGUCCCGCGACGCCCGGCAGCAGCGCUUUGCCCACUUCACGGAGCUGGCCAUCAUCUCGGUCCAGGAGAUUGUGGACUUCGCCAAGCAGGUGCCCGGCUUCCUGCAACUGGGCCGGGAGGACCAGAUCGCGCUGCUGAAGGCGUCCACCAUCGAGAUCAUGCUGCUGGAGACGGCGCGGCGCUACAACCACGAGACCGAGUGCAUCACCUUCCUGAAGGACUUCACCUACAGCAAGGACGACUUCCACCGUGCAGGCCUGCAGGUGGAGUUCAUCAACCCCAUCUUCGAGUUCUCGCGAGCCAUGCGGCGCCUGGGCCUGGACGACGCCGAGUACGCCCUGCUCAUCGCCAUCAACAUCUUCUCAGCCGACCGGCCCAACGUGCAGGAGCCUAGCCGCGUGGAGGCGCUGCAGCAGCCCUACGUGGAGGCACUCCUGUCCUACACGCGUAUCAAGAGGCCACAGGACCAGCUCCGCUUCCCGCGCAUGCUGAUGAAGCUCGUGAGCCUGCGCACGCUGAGCUCCGUGCACUCGGAGCAGGUCUUUGCCCUGCGGCUCCAGGACAAGAAGCUGCCGCCUCUGCUCUCAGAGAUCUGGGACGUGCACGAGUGAAGGGCGGCCCGCUGCCCGCCCUGCCGCCUUGCCUGACCGCGCCACCCCAGCAGACGGCCGCCUCUCCUUCCUCUUCCCGGGGGUACGGGGCCUGGACUGGGCACCGGCCCCAGCCCCGUGGGGGUCCAGGAGGCUCCCUGCCCCCUGAGUCUUCCAGGAGGGUACAGGGGUUGGGGGCUGCACCUCUCACCUCCCCUGGCGCCCUCCCCGCCCAGCUUACCCCCCAAGACCACCACGCCGUGCACCUUGAAUGAGGGAGGGAGAGCCCCCCGAGGGCCCCUCUCCACUGCGCCUUUUAUUUAAUAAAACUGAAAACACAGUA